GACCUCGGCGAUAUCUUCAGAGGCUACCACAUUAUGUCGUCCAAGAUCCUGCGUGAUAGCAUGGGCAACAGUCGUGGUGUUGGCUUCGCUCGGUAUGUGACUCCUGACCACUCUCGAGGGCCGUAUGUUAAUUGGCCCAGUUUCGAAUCCCGCGAUGUUUGUGAUGUCGUCAUUAAGCAGUUCAACGGCAUUCCCAUCGGCGAGGAGGGCAUGGUGAUGAACAUUCGCUAUGCUGACACUGCUGGUCAGAAGGAACUGAAGCGGGUCACUGCUGAGCGUCGCCAGUUCCGUACCAAUGAGUACAACAUCGGCGCCUACGGCACUCCUCUUGUUGGCAUUCAGCCCAACAUGUACAACCAGCCGGCUUGGAAGCGUGCUCUGCACUCCACGGCGAACAGGUGAGCACCCGUCACCCAAUCCAUUUCUGACUUCAAUUGCUGACCACUUGCCACAGCUACGCCCCUCGUUCCAUGACUGGAGGUCUCGAUCGGAUGGGUAAGGGGG